UUUUUUUCUUAUUGGUUUUUUUACACCAGUAUAAUUUUUUCCCUACUCAUAAAAUCAUUGUUCUGAGGCGCGCGUUGCAGUAAUUUUUUUUCAUCUUGUAAUUCUUGCCCUCCAGAUUUCGGUGCAUUCAUUUCGUUACUUAUUACAAGUUGUAAAUUUCAUUAAAUUAUCAUGGUUUUAACAAAAGAAUAUCGCAUUUGUAUGCCUUUGUCUUGCGAGGAGUACCAAGUAGGGCAAUUGUAUAUGAUUGCUCGCCAUAGUUUGGAACAGUCCGGUGACGGCGAGGGUGUUGAAAUUGUUACCAAUGAACCCUGUGAAGAUCCAGAACAUGGUAAAGGUCAGUUUACCGAAAAAAGGAUACAUUUGUCAAGCCGUUUGCCAUAUUGGAUACAAGCCAUAUGUCCACGUGUAUUUUACGUCACCGAAAAAUCAUGGAAUUUCUUUCCCUUCACCAAAACAGAAUACACAUGUUCCUUUGUACCUAAAUUAAAUGUUUCCAUAAAAACAAAAUAUGAAGACAAUAAUGGAAAUUCAGAAAAUUGUUUAAAUUUAACUGAGGAACAGUUAAAGCAACGUAUAGUAGAUAAUAUUGAUAUAGCCUUUGAUGAAUUGCCCAAUAAUAAACAUUAUAAAAAGGAAGAAGAUCCCAAAUUUUUCAAAUCAGAAAAAACAAAUCGCGGUCUUUUGGUGGAGGGUUGGCGUGAUUGUGACAAACCUAUAAUGUGUUCCUAUAAACUGGUGGAUGCUUCCUUUGAAGUCUGGGGCCUGCAAACCAAAGUAGAGGACUUUAUCCAACGCUCUAUAAGAGAUGUGUUAUUAUUGGGCCACCGUCAAGCCUUUACCUGGAUCGAUGAAUGGUAUGGCAUGACCUUGGAAGAUGUACGUGAAUAUGAACGUAAAAUACAAGAAGAAACUAAUAGAAAAUUAAAUCAAGCCAAUGGCAAUAACGAAGAAAACAAUCAAGACCCAGAAAAAGAUCUUAAUGAAGAAGAAAAUCAAGAGAAAAAAGACAAAGUAAAUGAUAUUGAUAACAUAGAUUAGAUAGUUUAAUGUGUGUGUCUCUUACAAAAAAAUAAUGCCCAAAGAUUGCUUGCUAAAAGUUGUGCUACAAAAACAAACACCUUAUCAAUUAAAACGAACCACUAAAAGAGUCCA